UAAAUAUGUCAUUACAAAAGCCAAAGUACAUCUGUGUAACAAAAGCCAAAGUACAUCUGUGUAAUCGUCAUCAAUGUAAAGGAUACAGACCCACCACACAACUGCACGCCCACUGGUUAGUGUUUACUCUCUCUCUCUCUCUCUCUCUCUAAAUGCUAUGCUUGAAAUUCAGUCUCCAUUAGAACCCAACUCAUUUAUUGAGUGAAAAAGGGAAACGGGGUUUGAGAAAAGGUAUGAGAGUGGUGGCAUGGAGGCGGAUGAGAUUCAAGCUCGUGGGUGUAAGUUUUCAAGGACCAGUAAUGGGAGGCUUGAUUCAGAUAAGCUAGAGCUGACCCGUAAAGAUGAUGAAGCUGGAGAGCCAAAAAGGGGCAUCGGAGUCGAUCUAAGUGAUGUUGGUGUUGACGGACUUAGAAGGUUUUACGGCUGGUCUUCCUCGAGAAUCGUGAGGGUUUCCCGAGUUUCUGGUGGAAAAGAUCGGCACAGCAAAGUUCUGACCUCGAAAGGGUUAAAAGACCGCCGUGUACGCCUCUCUGUGAGCACUGCCAUUCAAUUCUAUGAUUUGCAGGAUCGGCUAGGAUAUGAUCAACCGAGCAAGGCCAUAGAGUGGUUGCUGAAGGCGGCGGCCACCUCCAUCUCGGAGCUUCCUCCGAUUACUACUACAUUUCCAGAGAAUAAUUCCAAGCAACCGACGGAGGAGAAUUCCAGCACUGGUGGCGCUGCCGAUCAUCUCCGGUUUGAUUCAGCUGAACUGGAAGUCGACGGCGAUCCUAAUUACCAACAACGUAUGACAACAACGUUGUCCAAAUCUCCCGCUUGUAGUAGUACUUCCGAAACCAGCAAGGGUUCUGGGUUGUCACUGUCCAGAUCCGAAAACAGGGUCAAAGCUCGGGAGCGUGCUAAGGAGAGAGUAGUAGAGAAGGAGAAAGAGAAAGAGAAAGACAAUGAGUCGACCCGUGUUACUCAUAAGAACCCUAUUUCCCAAACCACUUCUUUCACCGAGCUCUUAAGUGCAGGCAUCAAUAAUGUGAAUGGUAAUCAUCACACUAAAACCACUUGUGGUACAAUUAAUUACUUUACGAGUGGACUAUUAGACCCGGCCAUGGCGACUCGGCCAGGGCAGAUGCUCACGGGAAGUCCAUUAUCUCCUCCACUAACAACAGUGUCUUCGCCCUUGUUUAGCUUGGCCGGUGACAACCCCGAGCUCCACCACUUCUCAUUUCUCCCGGAUCACCUUGUCCAAGUUCUUCCUUCUGCUACUGGACGUAACGAAAACAAUAAUAUUCACAACCAGUACACUCUAGGCUUCACAAUGUCGUCGUCUUCUUCUUCUGGCCUUGCCGGAUUCAAUAGGGGGACCCUUCAGUCCAAUUCUUCUACUUUAUUUCCUCGCCUGCAAAGGUUUUCAUCAAUUGAUCAUGGAUCACAAACUUUCUUCACCGGCCCGGUUGCUGCACCUGUGGAGAAUCACCACCAUUUCCUGGCUGGUUUCGAUGCCGGACUCCAGUUGUAUCCUGGCAGCAGCGGCGGUGCUCAUGGUGGCAGCAGGCAUUCCGGCCAUGAGACCAAAGGAAAGAACUAGAAGUUGUUCCUGCAGGCAAGUCAAGACGAGAAGUUGCCACAAGUCCCUGCUGGAGCAUUCCUUCUUUGCAGCUGACUUUAUGUUGUUAUUGCAUGUCUAAAAUUAUUACCACAAUUGUCCAUUGUCAAGUUAUUCUACUGGCAUUCACGAAUUUAGGUUUAUUUGUUGAUUAGGUGCCAGUUUAUGCGUGUGACGAGAGAGCGUGUAGUGAUUGCAAGUUUUUGUUUUUAGAACAUUUGUUUGUGUUUUGAA